UCUUGAUCGUCUUGGAAAGAAAAGCGAGGCUGCGACAAGGGGCGUAGGAUAAAGCAAUAGAAGAGGUCUUUCUCAUUCACAGAUCCCCAAGGAAUGCAGGAAGGACGUCCAGCAUUGCUUGCUGGAACUCAUUCUUUUUGCAUAGUUUAAAGGAACUUGCAGUGUUCCCUUCAGAAAUCUUUACAGGGAGGGAGAGGCAGAACAUAGUUUAGAUGAGAUCUUAGAUAUGGUCCAAUCUAUGCUGCAGCUAACAAAAAACAAAUCCAGUUUCAAAAUGGAGGGAAGCAUUUAGAUGUUGGUAUGAUAAGUUAAUUUCUUUCCCAAUGAUUGAGUUGCCUCACCUGCCCAGAAUGUCUACUAAGUGGGAAUAGAGCAACAUUGAGAGACAGGAUGAAAUCCAUGGAAAAUGAUCAUAAGAACAAUAACAGUGACGACAACAACACUAAGUGGUUGGGUUUUUCUCUCUCUCCUCAAUUGACCAUGGAAGUUCCUUCAGGCCCUUCUAACCAUCACCGAACACAUCCUCCUUCUGAUGCUACUACAGUUUCUUCUGCAGUCCCAGCAAGCUUUUUCCAUUCCCAACCUCACCUGAACCAUGGUAUUUACUAUGGCUGUGAAGGAGAAAAUGCUGGUUUAUAUUCCCCCUUGCCUAUGAUGCCUUUCAAGUAUGAUAAGUCUCUUUUUAUAAUGGAAGCUCUCAGCAAGUCACAACCACAAGCAAUGGUCACUAGUACUACAACUCCAAAGCUGGAGGACUUCUUUGAUGGUGCAACCAUGGGGACCCAGCACUAUGAAAGCAAUGAAAGAGAAGCGAUGGUUCUCAGCUUAGACAGCAUGUUUUACAAUCAGACGCCAGACCACGAGACUAAUUACCAAAAUAUCUUGGACUAUUUUGAACAGAAUUCCAGGAUCCAAGAACAGCCACGGCAGAUUCACGCCCAUCAAUAUUCAUAUUACUCUGAUUUUAGAAGCCAUGAUAUGAUAUUGGGGGACACUAGGGAGUCCCAGUUUUCAGAUUGUGAUCUCCAGCUACCAACAAUGGCGGAUGAUGGGGUUCCUGGCAUGAAGAACUGGGUCACAAGGAACCAUUCAGCUAACCAUUUGGUGCAGCAGAAGAUGACUGGUUUCAUGUGUGACAUUGGAACUGAAUCUGGAACUAUCAGCGCAACUUCAUUUGGGGGUUUACAGUCUUUAAGCUUGUCCAUGAGCCCUGGCUCUCAAUCAAGCUGUUUUACCGGUUCACGGCGCAUCUCAUCCUCUGUGACUGAUUCUACAGGCGUGCAUACAAAGAAAAGAGGGCUUGAUAAGGUGGAAGAAACGAAAGUUGUUCAUAGGAAGUCGUUGGAUACAUUUGGGCAGAGAACCUCCCAGUAUAGAGGUGUUACAAGGCAUAGAUGGACUGGUAGAUAUGAAGCCCAUCUGUGGGACAACACUUGCAAGAAGGAAGGCCAGAUCAGGAAAGGAAGGCAAGUUUACCUGGGGGGUUAUGACUUGGAAGAAAAGGCAGCGAGAGCUUACGAUCUGGCGGCACUCAAGUAUUGGGGACCCUCUACUCACAUCAAUUUCCCCUUGGAGGAUUAUCAAAGAGAACUGGAUGAAAUGAAGAACAUGACCAGACAGGAAUAUGUUGCUCACCUAAGAAGGAAAAGCAGUGGAUUCUCUAGGGGGGCUUCAAUGUACAGAGGAGUAACAAGACACCAUGAACACGGACGACGGCAAGCUCGGAUUGGCAGGGUUGCGGGAAACAAGGAUCUUUAUCUUGGGACGUUUUGCACUCAAGAGGAAGCAGCUGAAGCCUACGACAUUGCGGCUAUCAAGUUUCGCGGGGUAAAUGCUGUAACGAACUUUGACAUAACAAGUUAUGAUGUGGAACGUAUCAUGGAAAGUAGUACCCUUCUUUCUGGGGAACUAGCGAAACGAAAUAAAACAGGAUCCACGAUUGAGCCUUUGGACUACCUUCCUACUGACAAUAGCAACGGCGAAGCAAUUGUCUCUCAGAAGAUGAUCAAUGAGUGUGAAUCAGAAUGGAAAAUGGCUCUCUAUCAUGAGUCCUCCGGGGAAAUUGAUGAUCACAAGGCAGCUAAAAUUGAUAAUUGCAGGACCCAAUUUUUCUCGGUGGCUUCAGACGAUAUAAUUCAGCAAGAGGCGGAAGAUUCGGCCAAGAUGGGAACUCAUUCAUCAAAUGCUUCAUCUUUGGUGACUAGCUUAAGCAGCUCAAGAGAAGGCAGCCUGGAUAGAGCAGGCCUACCAUUAAUGCUCUCUGGAUUGCCUCCAUCUGCAUCAAAUUUGUUCACCAAUCCAACUGGUAUGAUUAAUUCUUGGAUCCCAUCAACUCAACUGAGGCGGCCUGCACUCUCCAUGCCUUAUAGUAUCCCAGUUUUUGCCGCUUGGACGGAUGCAUAGAUCACUUCUGUUAGUUGAUAGAAACUAGCGAAUGUUGGUUAUCUUGGUUGAGAUCACGCUUUCAUUUUUUUUCUUCUCUUUUUUCCACCCACUUAAGAUACCCGACGUCAUGUUUCUAUUCUAUCAGCUUUAUGAAGAUCUUACUUGCAAAAAAUGGAGGGAAAACUUUUCAAGAGACUAUGCAUGGUUAAAUCCAUGCAAUGAUUAUAACAUAACAAUAUGAGGUGGAUGACCUACACCCAUAAUAAGAUUCAGCUUUCUCUACCCUGUUAAGUACAUAACCCGCUCAGUUCUGUCCUUCAAACGCUGAGAUGCGAUCAAUUCUGUUGCUUUGAGCCUCUGAAUACCGUAUAUAUAAUCUCAUUGCUGUCAUCACCCCCACCCACUUCUUCACGUUUACAACAUCAUUAUUGCUUCUUACCUUUCUUAUCUAAGCUUUCGCUGAAGGUAGCAGAUAUUCCAUUCCCUUGGUUCGAAAAAAAUUAGAGCGUUAUGUACGGAAAUGCCUCCGUACAGGACUUUGGGGUGUUUAAUUGAUGAACAAAAAAGCUACUUACAACUGCACGGGGAUCCGGCGCAUAACCGUGGCCUACGUGGCACGGUUUUGAAAUGUCGUCUUCCCAAUUUGAAAUGAAAAUGCAAAUCUCGCAAUGAAAUCCAAAUCGCAGAAUUCCCUCAUUUUUCAUAAUCAGAACAAAAAUUUCCCCCGCUUCUCUCCAUUGUUCCCAUCGUCUUCACCCAACCAUGAAGAUUUGGACUCGAUAUUCAGUCCAAAUCACAGCAAAAUAGAACCCAAUCCGAAAUGAAAUGCGGAAUGGUAUAGGAAGCGGAGGAGAGAGUAAUCCACAAAAACGAAGCUCACCUCCUCACUCAGUAACCAGUGUGCUUUCGGAGCCGUAAAGAAGGCGACGGGGGCAACGGCGGCGACCACAGACGGUUCUUGGAUCAGAGAAAACGAAUCGGGGGUUCUCGAAUCUUGUUUUUGCUUUCCCUCUAUUUCUCCGCGCUGGCGGUUGCAUA